CAGGGUCAGACUGGGCCCCUGUGGCCCAGACCCGAUCCCGGCAGGGCGCUCCACCGAUCCUCCGGUCUCCCUUCCCCGACGGGUUGCAGGGGAGACCAGCAGCCGCUCAGGGGAUGAGACGUAGGAACAGAAGCGAAGACAUUUUGCAGCAGCCUUGACGAGACAACCCAGAGCAUCAACGGAGAAGCCGGCCAAAGGCUGAAGGUUUGAUGUACGUGCCGUGAAACAAAGGCAAGAGCUGCUUGCCCACUGCAAUUCUUCGGGGCAAGCGAGCCCCCCUGUGUAGCAGAGCGCACUCUAUAAUUCAGACUGGGAGGUAAGUGACGGGCGCUCUGGAGUGCAGGUUGGAUAGAAAGGAUGCUUUGGACAGUAGAUUAGAAGCAGCCGAGACAGGGAGGCGGCACUGCACUGAGCCCACCAGACUGAGAAGAUUCACGGCAGGACAUGGUGACCAUGUUCCACAAUCUGCAAGGCACUUAAAUUUGGAGGUCAUCUGGUCUGGUCGGUCGGGGUUGGAACCCCUGGCUUACCCGCUCUCGCCGGCAGUCGGGACUACUGCUUACCAUGCUUGGGUUGGGUAUGAACGUCAACAUCUAAACCUGCAGGAAGGGUUUCCACUACCUCCUCCAGGUCCCUCGGCCUCCGGCGCACAAAGACUACCACCCGUUAAGAAGAUGCUGAAGGGACUGUGAGAGGGAGGAUGGCUGCUGGAAGAUUACUGCUCUAUGCUGGCCUCUCUCUCGCUCUGUGUGCCCUAGGCAUGCUAGCCGUGGCCAUCUGCUCCGACCACUGGUACGAGACAGACGCCAGGAGGCACAGAGAAAGGUGCAAAGGCUUCACGAACAGAAGAAUUGACCCUGGGUUCAUCUACAACUCCAACAAUAACCUGCCUUUGAGAGCUAGCAGGUCCAGGCUAGACCGCUGGGAGGGCAAACUACUUCUCGCUAGGAACCGUAGGCAGCUUUUUGCCAUGAGCGCCGCCGACGAGUGCAAUAGGCAAUACAAUUCCACCAACAUGGGCCUCUGGAGGAAAUGUCAUCGGCUGGGGUUCGAUCAAGAUAUCGAAGAUAUCAUUGCCAAAGGGGAGAUCGAGCGCUGUUCGUUCAUCAAGUACCAUUACUCCUCAGCCACAAUCCCCAAAAACCUUACAUACAACAUCACCAAGACCAUCCGGCAAGAUGAGUGGCACGCCCUGCAUCUGCGUCGGAUGACGGCCGGGUUUAUGGGAAUGGCAGUAGCCAUCAUUCUCUUCGGUUGGAUCAUCGGGGUGCUGGGGUGCUGCUGGGACCGGGGCCUCAUGCAGUAUGUAGCCGGCCUGCUCUUCCUCAUGGGAGGUACGUUCUGUAUCAUAUCACUGUGCACGUGUGUGGCGGGGAUUAACUUCGAGCUGUCCCGGUACCCCCGCUUCCUAUACAGUCUGCCCGAUGACAUCAGCCACGGCUACGGGUGGUCCAUGUUCUGUGCCUGGGGGGGCUUGGGCCUGACGUUAAUCUCAGGAUUCUUCUGCACUUUGGCUCCUUCCGUGCAACCCGUCCUGAGGACCAACUGCCCUAAGUCCAGGCCUGAAAACGGAACGGUGUGUUAAAAACAUUACCCCGCCCCCCCGGGGGCUCAUCCCGCCGGAGACGGACCAAUAAGUGAUGUAGGGCGGGGCAUAAGGACAUCCUCCCCCCUCACCCAUCUCAUUCGUUCCAAUGUGGCCCCAUAAGGAAACCACACGGCGGAGUGACGCCCGGAGACUGGAGAUUGGUUACUGUUCUACCGACAUUGGGGGACCCCCCCCCCAGACUCUAUUCCCUCACCGGGCAGUGUUCUCUUUUAUUUAUUCCGUUGCUUUGUCUGCUGAGAGACCAGAGCUUUACCCCCCCGCUUCCUCUCUGUGCCCUAAGGCCAACAUACUUGAACCCCCCCCCAUCACUCAGAAGAACAAGAUGGAACGGGGGGGGGGG